AUGAAGCUGCUGAAGUUUUUGCUCCGUUACUUCCCGCCCGGUCUCGCCUUGGAGUAUACACAGGGCGGGGACGUCAAGACGAAGAUAAUCGAUCUCCUGGACCUGACGGCAGAAACGGACAUAAGAGCAUUAGCGGAGAGCAUAAAAGCGGACGAACCCGUAAUAACCGAGAGUGUAAUGGAGCAGUUAGUGGAGACACUGCAGAAGCUCCAGGCCAAAGUUUGCGACACAAACGAGAGGCGAUACUACAAAUACAAAACCCUGCAGACCCAUCUUCUGCCCCUUACGAAUAUCGCGUUCGAUAAACUAGGUAAAAGAUGCUUGACAGGCAGCUAUGACCGAACGUGUAAAGUUUGGGACAUUGACAGUGGAGCGGAGCUUCUUACUCUCGAAGGCCAUAAGAAUGUGGUCUACGCAGUGUCCUUCAACAACCCGACAUCAGACAAAAUUGUAACCGGCUCGUUCGACAAGACCGCAAGGGUUUGGUGUUCACGUACGGGCCAUUGGUUGGCCACGAUGAGGGGCCACGAGGCGCAGGUCAUUGUCGCGAAAUUCUCGCCCACACAGAACAAAAUUGCGACUGGCUCCUUGGACGCGACAUCGAAAAUAUUUCAUUUAACUACAGGUGACGAAGAGGGGACGUUGAAGGGCCAUACGGCAGAAGUAAUUGCUCUUUGCUUCAAUAACGAGGGCAAUCAGGUAAUAACCGCUUCCUUCGACGGCACUGUCAGCAUCUGGGACACGAGAACCUUUACCCGAGUGAGCGUGUUGAUUGGCCAUCGAUCGGAACUCUCGAAUUGCAUUUAUAAUUUCGACUGCUCGCUGAUCGCCUCGUCGUCUAUGGACAAGACAGCGAAAGUUUGGGACACGAGGAUGUACUCGUGUCUGUCCACGUUGCGGGGACACGACGACGAGGUCCUGGACUUGACCUUCGACAACUACGGAAAGAAGCUGGCGACCGCGAGCAGUGAUACCACCGCUCGAGUUUGGGACGUGACCACCGCUUUCCAGCAGUUGGCUGUCAUGGAGGGGCACAGGGAAGAAGUGUCCCAAGUUUGUUUCAGCCCGAACGGUCAGCAAUUGUUGACCUCGUCGUCGGACAAAACGUCGAAAUUGUGGUCAGUGGAAAAUGGCGAUUGCGUGCAGGCCCUCGAGGGCCAUGACGACGACGUUUUCAGCUGCGCUUUCUCGUACAACGGCGACACGAUCAUCACCGCGAGCAAGGAUAACACUUGCAUGAUCUGGAGGUGA